GGCAACAAGAUCACGGCUGCCGUGUGACCCGGAAGUAUUCCCAUUUUGCGUCGUUGGGGCUCCGCGGCGGCCCCGGUCCAGCUUGACGUACCACAAUGGGGUCGUCAAAGAAGCACCGCGGAGAGAAAGAGGUAGCCGGAACUACGGCGGCGGCCGGCACCGGGAGCUCCGCUGAGCAGGCGCCGCGGCAUCGGGAGCACAAAAAACAUAAGCAUCGAAGUGGCGGCGGCGGCAGCAGCGGCGGUGAACGACGGAAGCGGAGCCGGGAGCGUGGGAGCGAGCGCGGGAGUGGGCGGCGCGGGGCAGAAGCCGAAGUCCGUAGCGGCGCUCACGGGAGGGACCGCAGCCAAGCCGAGCCCUCCGAGCGGCGAGUGAAGCGGGAAAAGCGAGAUGAUGGCUACGAGGCCGCUUCCAGCUCCAAAACUAGCUCAGGAGAUGCCUCGUCACUCAGCAUUGAGGAGACCAAUAAACUCCGGGCAAAGUUGGGGCUGAAACCCCUAGAAGUCAGUGCUGUCAAGAAAGAGGCGGGCACCAAGGAGGAGCCCGUGGCCGCUGAUGUCAUCAACCCCAUGGCGAUGCGACAGCGAGAGGAGCUACGGGAAAAACUGGCAGCUGCCAAGGAAAAGCGCCUGUUGAAUCAGAAGUUGGGGAAGAUAAAGACGCUGGGGGAGGAUGACCCCUGGCUGGAUGACACUGCAGCCUGGAUUGAGAGGAGCCGGCAGCUGCAGAAGGAGAAGGACUUGGCAGAGAAGAGGGCCAAGCUGCUAGAGGAGAUGGAUCAAGAGUUUGGUGUCAGCACUCUGGUGGAGGAGGAAUUUGGGCAGAGGCGCCAGGACCUGUACAGUGCCCGGGACCUGCAGGGCCUCACUGUGGAGCAUGCCAUAGAGUCCUUCCGAGAGGGGGAGACUGUGAUCCUUACCCUGAAGGACAAAGGUGUGCUGCAGGAGGAGGAGGAUGUGCUGGUGAAUGUGAACAUGGUGGAUAAGGAGCGGGCAGAGAAAAACGUGGAGCUGCGGAAGAAGAAGCCUGACUACCUGCCCUAUGCAGAAGACGAGAGCGUAGAUGACCUAGCACAGCAAAAACCUCGCUCUAUUCUGGCCAAGUACGACGAGGAGCUGGAGGGUGAGCGGCUGCACUCCUUCCGGCUGGAGCAGGGCGGCAUAGCUGAUGGCCUGCGGGAACGUGAGUUGGAAGAGAUCCGGACCAAGCUGCGGUUGCAGGCACAGUCCUUGAGCUCGGUGGGACCCCGGCUGGCCUCUGAGUACCUGACGCCUGAGGAGAUGGUGACCUUUAAAAAGACCAAGCGGAGGGUGAAGAAAAUCCGUAAGAAGGAAAAGGAGGUGGUUAUGCGGGCAGAUGAUUUGCUGCCCCUUGGGGACCACACUCAAGAUGGGGACUUUGGUUCAAGGCUUCGGGGCCGGGGUCGACGCCGAGUGCCAGAGGCAGAAGAGGCCACCCCGGAGGAUACCGAGAAGGAUGCUGUGCCUCAGCCCCUGCCAUCGGAUGACACCCGUGUGGAAAACAUGGACAUCAGUGACGAGGAGGACGGGGGAGCUCUGCCAUCAGGGUCCCCGGAUGCACUGGAGGAGGACGAGGCAGAGCUGGAGUUACAGAAGCAGCUGGAAAAGGGGCGGCGGCUGCGGCAGCUGCAGCAGUUGCAGCAGCUUCGGGACAGUGGUGAAAAGGUGGUGGAGAUUGUGAAGAAGUUGGAGUCUCGCCAGCGGGGCUGGGAGGAGGAGGAGGAUCCUGAGCGGAAGGGGACCAUCGUGUUCAAUGCCACCUCGGAGUUCUGCCGCACCUUGGGGGAGAUCCCCACCUACGGGCUGGCUGGCAACCGGGAGGAGCAGGAGGAGCUCAUGGACUUUGAACGGGACGAGGAGCGCUCAGCCAAUGGCGGCUCCGAGUCAGAUGGAGAAGAGAACAUUGGCUGGAGCACCGUCAAUCUGGAUGAGGAGAAGCAGCAGCAGGAUUUCUCUGCCUCCUCUACCACCAUCCUGGAUGAGGAGCCCAUCGUGAACAGAGGUCUGGCUGCUGCCCUGCUCCUGUGCCAGAACAAAGGUCUGCUGGAGACCACAGUUCAGAAGGUGGCCCGGGUGAAGGCGCCCAACAAGUCCCUGCCCUCAGCUGUGUACUGCAUCGAGGACAAGAUGGCCAUUGACGACAAGUACAGCAGGCGAGAAGAGUACCGUGGCUUCACUCAGGACUUCAAGGAGAAGGAUGGCUACAAGCCCGACGUUAAGAUCGAGUAUGUGGAUGAGACAGGUCGGAAGCUCACACCCAAGGAGGCAUUCCGACAGCUGUCCCACCGCUUCCAUGGGAAGGGCUCGGGCAAGAUGAAGACUGAGCGGCGGAUGAAGAAGCUGGACGAAGAGGCGCUCCUGAAGAAGAUGAGCUCCAGUGACACACCCCUGGGCACGGUGGCCUUGCUCCAGGAGAAGCAGAAGGCCCAGAAGACUCCAUACAUUGUGCUCAGCGGCAGCGGCAAGAGCAUGAAUGCGAACACCAUCACCAAGUGAACUGGUCAACCUUUGGUGCCCUCCCCACCUUAAUGUUAAAUAAACCUCCCUCAUUUUUUC